CUCCCCUCCCCUCCCUCGCUGGCUGCUUCGUUCCCUCGCUGCGCUCCCGCCGCCCGGCCGGGCUGAGCCGAGCCGAGCCGAGCCGAGCCGAGCCGAACGGAGCCGCCGGCGCCGCGGGGCCGAGCCGCAGGAGUUGCGGGAGUUGCGGCCGGGGCGGCGCAGCGCGGCCCCUGCCAGGGGGGCGCCCCGCGGGCGGCCGGGGCGCCCCGCCGCCGCCUAUGAGGGAGCCAUGGAGGGCGGCGGGGGGGCGCCGCCCGCCCUGGAGAAGAACGCGGCGGAGCUGACCGUCAUGGACGUCUACGACAUCGCCUCGGCCGUGGGGCAGGAGUUCGAGCGGGUCAUCGACCAGCACGGCUGCGAGGCCAUCGCCCGCCUCAUGCCCAAGGUGGUGCGGGUGCUGGAGAUCCUGGAGGUGCUGGUGAGCCGCAACCACAUCAACCCCGAGAUGGAGGAGCUGCGCCUGGAGCUCGACCGCCUCCGCCUCGAGAGGAUGGACCGCAUCGAGAAGGAGCGCAAGCACCAGAAGGAAUUAGAACUGGUGGAGGAUGUCUGGAGAGGGGAAGCACAGGAUCUUCUUACUCAAAUUGCACAGCUGCAGGAGGAGAAUAAACAACUGAUGACAAACUUGUCUCACAAAGACAUUAAUUUCACUGAAGAGGAGUUUCAGAAACAUGAAGGAAUGUCAGAAAGAGAGCGGCAAGUCAUGAAGAAGCUGAAGGAAGUGGUAGAUAAACAGAGGGAUGAAAUCAGGGCAAAGGACCGGGAACUCGGACUUAAAAAUGAGGAUGUAGAGGCUCUUCAACAGCAACAGAAUAGGUUAAUGAAAAUUAACCAUGACCUGCGGCACCGGAUCACCGUUGUUGAGGCGCAGGGGAAGGCGCUGAUUGAGCAGAAGGUGGAGCUGGAAGCAUACUUGCAAACCAAGGAGCAGGAGAUGGGCAACCUGCGAGCAGAGCUAGGGAAACUCAGAGAAAAACUGCAGGGUGAGGACAGCCAAAAUGGGGAAGAAAUAAAGACAGAACCAAACAACGAUGACUGCCUCUCAGAGUCAGAAAAGAUGGCAGUGGACUUAAAAGAUCCAAAUCGUCCAAGAUUCACCUUGCAGGAGCUCCGGGAUGUCCUUCAUGAGAGGAAUGAAUUGAAAUCUAAAGUGUUUUUACUUCAAGAGGAGCUUUUAUAUUACAAAAGUGAGGAAACAGAAGAAGAAACUAGAUCCCCUCAACCUACACCCAUAAUUCAGUCAAAAACCUCAACUCAGCCAGAGUCUGGAAUCAAACGACUGUUUAGUUUCUUCUCUCGUGAUAAGAGACGUAUGCAGGCAUCACAGAGAAACGUCCACUUCCAGGAUACUUUUGGCGAAUGGGCAAAUUCAAAUAAAGAUGACUCCUACACCGAACAAGGACAAGAAGCCCUGCAGCACCUGUGACUAAAACCUUGAGGUGUUCAGCUUACCGCAGUAGAUCUCGACAGUCUAGUAACAAGAAGCUUCUGUAAACCAAUCUGGCAGCUCAUCACUUUUAUUUGCCUUGCACACCUCAGUGGUUGUGUUUCAGAUGUACUCUUCAAAAGGGAUCUCUCACUGUUUACUUGGUGACUGUUCGCCAAAAACAGAAUCCAAGCUACGUAACAACAGUCACUGAUACCUUGGGACAUCGAAGCUUCUAGAUGACUUGUUUUGUGCUGAAUAACAAGUCUAGGGUCUUGCUCAUGCAUUAACUACAGUAACACAAGCUUCUUUAAACCAAAAACAAGGAGACCUGUGCCGUUAUUAGAAGAUUGUUUGCAGUGUACAAUAUCUAUUGGCAAAGACUCUCUUAUCCUGUUUGUUAAAACUUUUGGUUGUUUGCUUUUUCUUAAUUCUGUAAGAUUUUUUUCGAGAGGGAUACCACAGCUCCAUGGCAGGUCUUAGCACUGCUGUGUCUUGUCAAGUUCAGCUGGCAUCUGCAUCUUGCAGAGUGACCACCUAGAAAUCCACCCGAUACAAACUGAGAAGCUGGAAUAGCCUUGAGAGGGAUAGUGAGCGUACAUUUCCCUUGCUGCGUAUAGUGCCUAAAGCAUGAAGAAACCGAUGUAUGAGGUGAGCGUGCCUUGCAUUUUGCCAUGAGUUCUGCAGUAUUAACGGAAAAUGGAUUGCUCGCAAAGAGGAAUUCUAACACUUGAUUUUUUCCUUCUUGCCAGGGUCUUCCCCCUAGAGUAGCAGACAGCCGCUCUGAAGGAAUUAGUUCCCCUUCCCGCAGACAGGUUUUGAAUAAAGCCACACUCCAUUUUUCUUUCUAGAUGAAGACUGCCUAACUUCAGUGUGAGGAGAGCUCCUCAGCUAGCUGACAUGAACUGUUUUAACUGACUUAGGGAUGGCCCCAGCCCAAACUUUUUCUCUGACUAGUCUGAACACUAUUUGGGGUUGUAGAAUGGAUGAAUUCUACACGUGCAAGCUGCUCUACUGGUGUCGGCUGAGGUUUGGGUAGCCUGCAGUUAUAGGGGGGCUUAAUGUGCCAACAGUGCCAGCACAUGAACGCAACCAAGCUGUCAGAAGGUGAGGGGUAGCUCUGCUUUACAAUUAAGCUGGCAAAACCCUUGGGACUGGUUGAGGUCAUGCCUAUAAAAACCAGGACAACAAAGCCCCGUGCAACAUAGAUGCACCCUGCAUCUGCAUCACACACUCCACAAAAGCAUGCUAAGCCAGCUCUGCUCGGGCGGAGAGAGCAAGUACACCCGCUGCUCCUCACGAAGGAGGCAGUAGGGUCACGCCGCGGAUGUGGCUGCAUGUGUGAGACCCGCGCUGGAGCACGGCGCUGCUGGUGAGCAGUAUCUCGAGUUAUGACAGGGUCCUAGGCAACUUCUGCUGCUGUAGCUUAGUGCAGACAGCUGUGGGCUGCUGUUGGCAUCUUAACCCCAGCAGCCAGAUCUGCUCUGAAAAGAGCCUGCUCUCAGGAGCAGCACUAGACGGGAGCCAGUGCUCGGACAAAAGCUCCAACUGCUCCAGGUGCUAAAUGCCCGAGGGUCGCUGUAAGGGCUCCUAGAUGAGAGCAAGCCAAAGGAUUUAGUACAAGGUGUUUAUUUUCUGUUUUUAAUUUUGGGUGGUCAAGACUACGGUUUUUAUGUCCCAGCAUGGAUUACCUAACACGUAUGGGCAGGGAAUGGUUUUUAGCCUGUCCGUAGUGAAACUGUGCUAGGAAAGCAUUUUUGCAAUGGUGGGCCAAAGGCUGCUCUCUUCCUGACUGUAACUGUGCCAUAUUUUGCACCUUGAACUUCAGCGUGCUCUGGGUACUCCUCAAGUAUUUUCUCUUUCUUUCCAGUAGAUUACAGUCUUUUUAAAUAUUGGUUUCAUUUACAGUCUGCAGGCAGCAGCCCAUUCCCAGCAGUUCAAAGCACAAUUGGGAAUACACCUUAGCACACUUCCCUGAGAGACCUGUGCUGCAGAACUAACCUGCAACUCCAAUAUUAGAGAAAGCACUUACCGGCCCUCCAGGUUGUCACUGCAUUUCAGGGAGGAGGGGAAGGGAGGGAAGAAGGUAGCCUUGUAUGAAAGGCAUCUACAUUUGAAAUACUGACAGUAAUGUCUGACACUAAUGUAUGACACUAGCAGGGACGCUUUUGCAUCUCUAAGCCUGGUUAAGUUUUGUUAAUGCGUAUUGUUUUAUGCUUACAGAAAGCUGUAUUCAUAAAAUGGCAGCGUUCCUCCUUUUCUGUGAAAGGCAAUUCUUAGAUUGGGGGAGUCUUAAUGUAAUGAUACAUAAGUUGCUAAGAUCCCAGUUUCUUUUAUAGAUUGGGGGGCAGAGGGGGAGGAAACAAAUACACUACAUUUGCAGCUGUUCCAUGGUUCUUGAGUACAUAUUAGUCUGUAACACUUGUUCCUUAACCAUGAGAAAGGUUUAACAUGGACAUCUCUUGAAGUGUUCUUGUACGGACAUAAUGUCAGAGUGGGAGCUAGAAAACAGAAAUGGAUCAUUGUUGCUGUCUAAAAAUCAUGAUUGUAUAGUGAAUUUGAUGGAAGAAUCAUACCACGUGAAUGAUGCCUGUUGAGUCUCUGCCUAGCAUAGUUUACAGUCAUUGGGCACGUUUACCAGAGAUACAGUGAUAGGAAACAAUGCAAGAAUGCAGCACAUUCACAGCCUGAAUAAGCACAUCACUUCACACAUCAGCUAAGAGCCAUGAACUGGGAUAAUAGAAAUACACAGACUGAACACUUCCCCCCCCCCAGCAUCUAAGCUCAUGUAUUGAAAAGGAAGUCUCCGGACCUAGUUAGUGCGUGUAAAGCUAGUCCCACGGGCUAGGAUCCAAUGCACUGUUGUGAGGUCAAAUUUGCAGCCAAGUUCAGACAAUGGCACGAAGCAGUACAGCCUUCCCCCAUUCAUCUCGGUACCCCAUUACCUCAAAAAUCUAAUUAGUUACUCCUGACCUGCUAACAUAACCACUUUGUUCUUCAUUUUUUUGUUAGAAAGGAUGCCACGUAGGGAAGAGUAUGUAAAGAGUUGAAGAUCUGUCAUGUAGUUUCUCAAUAUUCAAGUAAAACCUGCUUUUUAAAAGGGGCCAGGAUGUUGUCAGGUAAAGGGCGUAACAAUCCUGCAUGCAGAGUGCAGGUUCACUUAAGUUUGUUCUUUUUUUUUUUUUCUGUUGGGCAGUAAAUCAUUUUAACAGUUUAAUAAAUAUUUCUGAAAAACAAGUA